AUGGACCCAGGUGUCACGUUCCUGGACCUUUAUGGCAGUGUGAGUCACCAGCAGAAUUUGAAACGGACCUCUCCACCGUUUGUCUCUCCAGUGAUGUCUCCUGAGACCCCUCCUCAAUGCGAGUGGCAGCCAGAUCCAGGGUCCCGUCCUCCCCCCGUCAGUUACCGCCGUCAGUCCGCUGCAGUUUCUCAGGACAUUAAUUCCUCCAGUGUCCCAACUUUCCACAGUUAUGGCAAACAUCGGAGCGGGCCCACUGUCCCCUUCCCCGACCUCUGCCCCGGCGUCCCCGGCCUCGUCCUCAAGGAAAUGAACCACGUUGAUUUGUACAGCAUUGUCACGCCAAGGCGCACUGCAGGAUCUGGCAAUCUCAGACCAACCAAAUCUCCAGGUUUGAUUUUUGCUGCAAGGAGCCGGCGAAUUUCUGUGCCUAAUGCAGGCUGGCAGUGUGAGGUUGUAGAUUGCCCCCUGGAGUGUGACUGCCCCACAGCCUACCCCAUAGCUAUGUAUUGUCACAGCCGCAACCUGCAGCAUGUUCCCUAUGUUCCUUCACACAUACAGUAUGUCUACCUGCAGCGUAACCAAAUAACGGGCAUUCAGGACGGGGUGUUUGACAAUGCUACUAACCUGAUGUGGGUGAUUUUAUCACACAACCUCAGCUCAGACAAAAUCAGUGACCAUAUCUUUGUUAAGCUGAAAAGCCUGGAUCGGCUCUACCUGUAUCACAAUGAGUUGACCCGUGUGCCUCGCAACAUGCCAAGGUCCAUCACUGACCUGCAACUGUCCUACAACAAAAUCACAAAAAUCUCCUCCAAAUCGUUUGAGGGAAUGUCCAACCUUACCACCCUCAAACUCCAGGCCAAUGUCAUAGACGAGGUAGAAGGUGGGUUUAAGGACCUAAAAUCUCUUAAUAUGCUUGAUAUGACGAAAAACAAGCUGAGGAGAAUCCCCGACAGCCUUCCUGAGAGGCUGCAGCAGCUCUACCUGGAGUAUAAUAACAUAGAAAGCGUGCCAGCUGGUUUUCUUACCAUGCAUCCCGACCUACAGUUUGUCCGCUUGGCUCACAACACUCUCACAGAUAAAGGACUUCCUUCCAGUGUCUUCAAUACCAACACACUUGUUGAGCUUGACCUAUCUUUCAACAACCUGGAAAAGAUCCCUCUUGUCAAUAGGAACCUGGAAAACCUGUACCUACAUGCCAAUAAGAUCAAAGAGUUCUCCCUGAGCAGUUUCUGCAACACAGUUGAUGGGACAAACUUCUCCAAGCUGAAAGUGCUCCGUUUGGAUGCUAACAAGAUCAGUGCCAGAGACAUUCCUGUGGAGGCUGCCUACUGUUUGCGGCUGGUUUCUUUUAUUGAUGUGUAGAGCUUCCUGUUCUUUCAUGAUUUCUUUUCGUCCUCUCCAACUCAUAUUCCCUUACUGCUACUUUAUUGGUCCAGAAAAUGUUUUAUUAAAUAGUUAUGCUAUUAACA